AUGGCCUUAGUUGUUGGCCUCUGCUUCCCCAUGCUGCUGUUUGCGGUGUUUGGCCUCCAACUCCUUGAGGUGAAAGUCGUGCUGGACUUGAAGGGUGCACCGCACACCAACCUUUUCAAGCCGCCGUCUUGUGACGAGGCCGCCCGCGCUGCUGAUGCCGAGGCGCUGCAAUAUGUUCCUCGCGGUGUCGUGGACGCAUGGAAGAGGCAGAACUUUCUCAUUGUGUUUGGCAUUAUUUCGGUGGAUAACGCAUCAAGGCGGCGGCGACGCAACCUGCAGCGGUCGACGUGCUGGCGCUUCCCCGGUGUGGCGACGCGGGCGAAUGAGUUCACCGGUGCGAUGCUAGUGCUGUACGUCCUUGGGCGCCACCCGGCACACGACAACAACUACUCUGCCGCGCUGCUGGAGGAGGCGGCGCGGUGGAACGACGUUCUUACGCCCUCUAUUGAUGAUGGCCGGGUGACGACGAACAAGACCGUCGCCGGCAAUGGCUUUUGGGGUUUGGAGGCUGAGAUUGGCAUGAGCCGCAAGACGUACUUUUGGUAUGAUUUCGCUUUGCGUCAGUUUCCCACCGUCCCGUACCUUGCGAAGGGAGACGACGACAUGUUUCUUCGCGUGCCGCAGUUCCUUGCCGACCUGCGCACACUGCCACUCCGCGGUAUUUACUGGGGCCUCCUUGGAAUUUACAAACCCGGUGUUCGCUUCAGGUUUUCGGCCGGUAUCUGUGUGACGCUGUCGAGGGAUGUUGCGCAGCAGUUUGUCUCCUACAAGCCGCUGCAGCGGCUGGUGCGUCUGCCGUACAGCAGCGAGAGGGAGCCGGAGUUCAUCAGCCUAAACUUGAACCACGAGGAUGCGAUGGUGGGUCGCGUGCUGCACGAGGUACACUACAAGGGCUUGCUGUUCGUGAAGGAGAAGUCGUGCCGCUUUCAUGACGUCCACAGAGGGUUUCAGGUUCGACGCGUCUCCCGUCUUUCCGUUGUUGUGCACCACCUUUGGGAGAGCGAGUAUGAAGUGUUGAUGCGCCGCUUUGGGAAGGAUAUUUCCCCUUCUCCCAAGAAAUACCGGCGCAUGAGGGGAGGGUUUGUUUUUGAUUGUUAA